AUGUCAGUCGAAGAAAAACAAGCACGUUCAGUUUUCGUUGGAAAUAUUCCACAUGGAACAACAGAAGAUCAAAUGAAAGAAAUAUUUUCUGUUAUUGGACCUAUUUUAUCAUUUCGUGCUGUUUGUAAUCGUGAAACAGGAAGUUCAAAAGGAUAUGGAUUUGCUGAAUAUUCGGAUGUUGACACGGCUCAAAGUGCAAUACGAAAUCUAAAUGGUUUUGAAUUUGGUGGUCGAGCACUUCGAGUCGAUAAAGCAUCAUCGCAAGCCGAUGAAUUACGUUUACUUCAGCAACAAGUACCUAUCAAUCUACCAAAACUUGAAAGUAUUCAAAGGGCUAAUAUUACACCAGAUAAAAUACCUGAAGUUAUUGCACGAACAAUUGCUAAUCUUCCAUCAGAACAAGUCGUUGAUUUAAUGAAACAAAUGCAAAGUAUUAUUAAAGAAUAUCCAGCAGAAGCAAGAACUAUUCUUAUUCAUAACCCUCAAUUAACAUAUUCUCUGUUACAAUCGCUUGUUAUUAUGGGUUUAAUACCUCCCAACGAAGCAACUAAUAUGCUACAUAAACGAUCUGAUGUUCCUUCAAUACAUCUUUUCAAUAAUCCUCCAUCAACAUCUUUACCCAUGGUUCCGCCAGCUUCAUUUCAUGCACAAGUAGCAUCAAUGACUUUUCCACCAGCAACUAUGCAACAACCACAAGCAAUGCCAAAUAUAAUGAAUCAUUCGGGUAUGUCAAAUACUGAUCAAGAAAAAGCUCAAAUAUUAAUGCAAAUUUUACAAUUGAAUGACUCUCAAAUAGCUCAAUUACCAGUUGAUCAACGAAUGAGUAUUACAAUGUUAAGAGAGCAGAUUCAAAAAAGUGGAAUGAUUUCAUUAUAA